UCUAGUUUUGUUUUUGUGUUGAAAAUGGAUGAUUUGUCGAGGGAAAUUAGAGAUGUCCAUAUUCAUGAGGCCUAGACGUCACAUCAGGCGCGGUACCCUGCUGAGUUCGCUAAUGUUCUCCACGCAGAUGGUGAAUGACGUCACUGGAGAAAUGUACACGGACCAUUACGACUGGCAGAGGUCGUUCCUGGGGCAUAACUUCAGCGUCAGUCGGCCACUCCAAGAUGGCCAGACGACCAGUUUGGUGCACCUGGUGAGGUCCUGGCUGGGGACCCAUGAGGAAGCUCAAGUAAUGCUGGGCAGCGUGUUGGUUGUGGUGGGACUGUGGUGGCUGGUGCGAGCUGUAUUGUCUCUGGUUAUCCACCUCGUCUGCCCAUUGCUGGUCGUCCUGCUAGCCGUGAUUUGCGUGCCCCAACUCCGAGAGCCACUCUUGGGUCAGAACUACCCAGCCUUGGCCAACCUGCUGAGGUCCAUAUUGCUGAAGCUGGCGGAGAAUCUCAAGGCGUGA